CGUCACAGCCGCUAACCAAUCAGAGAGCUGCUAGCCUGCCUCGGCUGUCGUCUGAUCUGUAUGAGCAAAACACAGAGCCACGGUUAGAUCACUUUAAGGUUUAUUAGGGAUUUAAACCCAUGUUUCAGGUUCCUGCUGCGGUCUCAUGGUUCACGAUCACACUCAGGAGAACAGAACCCGAUCAGAACCAUGGCCCUCGCUGAGGAGCAGCCUGAGAAACAUUGCUGGGUGUGUUUUGCCACGGAGAGAGAUGACCACAGUGCCGAGUGGGUGAGCCCCUGCAGGUGUAAAGGCUGCACUAAGUGGAUCCACCAGUCGUGUCUGCAGCGCUGGCUGGAUGAGAAGCAGAAGGGAAACAGUGGAGGGUCGGUGAGCUGUCCGCAGUGUGGCACAGAGUAUCGGAUCACCUUCCCCACGAUGGGCCCGGUGGUGUAUUUCCUGCAGCAGGUAGACCGCGCUCUGUCUCGGGCCAGCCCAUUCGCUGCCGUCGGCGUGGUGGUCGGUACGGUGUACUGGUCGGCCGUCACAUACGGAGCCGUGACGGUCAUGCAGGUGGUGGGACAUAAGAAGGGUCUGUACGUGAUGGAGCGAGCCGACCCGCUCUUCCUGCUCAUGGGUCUGCCCACCAUCCCCGUGGUUCUGGUGCUGGGGAAGAUGAUCCGCUGGGAGGAUUACAUCGUGAGGCUGUGGCAGAGAUACGCCUACAGGGGGAAGCUGCCGCCAGGUCGGUAUCUGCCCCGGGUCCCUGUGGAUGGACCUGGAUCAGGAGACCACCUCUCUGUGUCCAGGACUCUGUGUGGGGCUCUCAUCUUUCCCACCAUCGCCAAUCUGGUUGGACGGCUGCUGUUUGGACGGACAAACUCAAAUCUUCAGCGCACUAUACUGGGCGGCAUCGCUUUCACGCUAAUCAAAGGCGUGUUGAAGGUGUAUUUCAAGCAGCAGCAGUACAUCAUUCAGGCCAAACGACAGAUCCUCAACUUCCCCGAGAGGAACGGGGAGGGACAAUAUGAGGGCGCAGACGAGGACACGGAGGACAGCGGGAAUGAGUAGAUUCACUGAGGACGACAGAGACUGUUGGGCAGGAAGAGAUCCAGAGCUGACCGUAGAAAAGUAAAACAUAAGUUUCCAUAAAUCAAACGAAUUAUCUGUUCUAACCUGAGGUGAGUGCUGGUGCAGAGAGGGAGGAGGGUUCUGAAGAGACGUUUGAUUAUCUCUUCAACGUGUGGUUUCAAAUUAACACGUCUCUCAGACUACAACAUACUGUAUCACACUGUAAGAGAUAUGAACGGCCACACCUGUACGACUGAGCCUUAAAGAUUCACCUCCACAGUUUGAGACGGGACAUCAGGGGUUAGUUUAGAUAUCCAGUGAUGUUCACUGAGUUUACAUGGUAUUUAUCUCAGUCCUUCAAUUCUUUAAUGUAAUCAAUAUAACGCAUCAAAAAAUACCCCAACCUCCUCCCGUCAGUACUUUAAGUUUGUUUGCCUGUUAUAGUCAGACGUGACGACUACUGAAUCACAGUUUAUUUAUUUUGUGCUCCUAGAGCUGCAAUAAGACAGAGUUCAGACGACCUGAGUGUGACCUGAUUAAUACAGUGAGAGUUAAAUGAAAUGUUUUCAGAACCAGAACGUGACAAGGAAGUUUCUUGAGUUGUUGAGGCUGCAGAUUCUUGAUGAAGGUAAAACGGCAACAUCAGCAGACAAACUGUAAGAGGAGUCCUGCUCUCGAGAUCUUGAUUAUAACAAUCUUAAUGCAACGAAACGCCAGAGUUUAGUGCUCAGAGACGUGUAGACAAGAAGCUAGAAUUCUAGAACUCUGAGAUUAAAGUCAGAAUUCUAGAACUUUGAGAUUAAAGUCAGAAUUCUAGAACUUUGAGAUUAAAGUCAGAAUUCUAGAACUUUGAGAUUAAAGUCAGAAUUCUAGAACUUUGAGAUUAAAGUCAGACUUCUAGAACUUUGAGAUUAAAGUCAGACUUCUAGAACUCUGAGAUUAAAGUCAGAAUUCUAGAACUCUGAGAUCAAAGUCAGACUUCUAGAACUCUGAGAUUAAAGACAGAAUUCUAGAACUCUGAGAUUAAAGUCAGAAUUCCAGAACGCUGAGAUCAAAGUCAGACUUCUAGAACUCUGAGAUCAAAGUCAGAAUUCUAGAACUCUGAGAUCAAAGUCAGAAUUCCAGAACGCUGAGAUCAAAGUCAGACUUCUAGAACUCUGAGUUAAAGACAGAAUUCUAGAACUCUGAGAUUAAAGACAGAAUUCUAGAAUUCUAAUUUAAAUCUCAAAAUUCUAGAACUCUGAGAUUAAAGUCAGACUUCUAGAACUCUGAGUUAAAGACAGAAUUCUAGAACUCUGAGAUUAAGUCAGAAUUCCAGAACGCUGAGAUCAAAGUCAGACUUCUAGAACUCUGAGAUCAAAGUCAGAAUUCUAGAACUCUGAGAUUAAAGUCAGACUUCUAGAACUCUGAGAUUAAAGUCAGACUUCUAGAACUCUGAGUUAAAGACAGAAUUCUAGAACUCUGAGAUUAAAGUCAGAAUUCCAGAACGCUGAGAUCAAAGUCAGACUUCUAGAACUCUGAGAUCAAUGUCAGAAUUCUAGAACUCUGAGAUCAAAGUCAGAAUUCCAGAACUUUUAAGAUUAAAGUCAGACUUCUAGAACUCUGAGUUAAAGACAGAAUUCUAGAAUUCUAAUUUAAAUCUCAAAAUUCUAGUACUCUGAGAUUAAAGUCAAAAUCCUAGAACUUUAAGAUUAAAGUCAAAAUUCUAGAACUUUGAGAUCAAAGUCAGAAUUCUAGACCUCUGAGAUCAGCCGUGCGUGGUCAGGCUGUUGUUGGGUGUGGAUUACAAUGAUUCAGGACUUGGGUCUGAUUUUGCUGGAGGGGAGACGGGCAGAGCUUCAGUGUCAGCUGUUUGAAUUUAUGUGGAUUCCUUUAAAAACAUUCAGCCUUAAAUGAAACGUCUUCCAGUUGCCGUGCCUUCUCUAAAGCACUUUAAGCAGAAACAGCCUUACGACUCAGCUAAAAACCAAUAACACGACAUCGUUUCACUCCUCCUCUGUAUCCGCUGCCGUUUCAUGAUGCGUCGCUUUUUCCUCCAGACGUCUGACGCCACUCGAACACACCAUCACUUCAUAUUUCAGGUAUUCUAGCAGCUGUUCUGAUUACAGAGCGGUGCUGCUGUUUGCAAACAAAUCCAGUCUUACAUGUACCUCACUCCCUCUUAACUGACACAACCACCUUAACUCUCGUUGCAUCCUCGUGCACACGUCUCAAACGUUUGAUAUCCGGUUUGAUAUUUUGAUCUGCUUUGAGACCGAAUGUGUGGAGAUAAAACUCGUCAGAGCAUUUCAAAGAUGUUUUAUAUGAUUGAUUCUAUGAGUUUAUUGUAGAUUAUUGCACUUCUUCUUCUUGCUGCACAGCUUCGAGUUUGAACUAUAAGAACAUAAGUUAGAGAUUUAUCAUGAUACUGGAAACUGAGCUGAAAAACUCUGCCAUGCCCGAGUUGUCAGUUUUAAAAGGACGAACUGAGAAAUGUCGCCAUCGCGCUCUUAUUAAAGUAUUUGUUUUUCCUUUUUCUUUUUGCCAAAUGCACCAGCUCUGGGACUUCAAGUGCACGCUGUCAUUAAAUUUAAAAGAAGCUCUUGUUUUAUUGUGUUGUUGAAUAAAUUGUUAAAUAAAGCUCUUUUGCAGAACA